GCCACAGUGAGUGUAAGAAUAUGGAUUUGUCCUGACUAGUUAGAGCUUCAUGAAAUGAAAUCAGCUUUAGCUACAAGAUAACUCAUAUGUCUCAAGUCCUAUAUUCUCAUGAGGAAAAGCACUUCUCUGCUACAGCAAGAUGGAAAGUUACCAUUUGUUCCUCUGGAGGAGGAGUUUAUUAUGGGAGUUUCUAAAUAUGGCAUUAAAGUAUCAACAUCUGAUCAAUAUGAUGUUUUACACAGACAUGCUCUGUAUUUAAUCAUCCGGAUGGUGUGUUAUGAUGAUGGUCUAGGAGCAGGAAAAAGCUUACUGGCACUAAAGACCACGGAUGCAAGCUAUGAAGAGUGUAGUCUAUGGGUGUAUCAGUGUAACAGUCUGGAACAAGCACAAGCUAUUUGCAAAGUUUUAGCCACAGCUUUUGACUCUGUAUUAACAUCAGAGAAAUCAUGAGCUCCUGCUAGAGUGGAAGAUAAAUGACUUCAGCUGAAAGAAGCCAGCAUUCAGGAUGAAACAGGAACUUUUAUCUCCAAUAAGGAAUAAAGAACCCUCAUUCCAGUUUCAUAAAGAAGAAAAUGCAUUUUAAAAAUAUAGAUCAUUUCAACCCUGCAAAAGUAAAAUUUUCUAAAUUCUCCCAAGCAUUUCUGAAACCCAGUUAAGUGUUAUGACUGUCAAUGAAGUGAACUUUCUGCUUGGAUUAUAAAAAGCUUGCAUGCCAAAUUUGACCCCCUCUUAGCUUACCUAGCUUAGCACCAGAAAGUGUUGUGUGUAAAAACAUUUUAAUGUAUAAUAAACAUUGCAACUUAAUUUA